AUGGAGCCAGAGCAAUUGAUAGAUUAAUUAAAUGAUAUAUUGUUGGCAGACCAUUUUAGGUUUAUAGAAGUAAUUGGGAAGGGAAGCUUUGGAGUAGUGGUGGCUGCGUUUUGUAGUAAUUUAGAUCGAGUAGUGGCAAUAAAAGUUAAUUUGAUGUUAGAAUAUUAUAGAUUACAUCAAAUGUUGAUUAAGAGAAUGAAGCCAAUUUGCUUAAAGCUUGUUGUCAUUAGAAUAUUGUCAAGCUUUAUAAAGUACAAUAAUAAUUUUUUAUUAUAGGUGUUAAUAGCUAAUAAUCAUCUUUAUCUCAUUAUGGAAAGAUUAAUUGGUUUGACACUAGACAAACUGAUGAAACAAUCUAUAUUAUCAGAAUAAAACAUUAGAAAUUAUAUGACUUAAAUUUUAAAUGCUUUAGUAUUUCUUCAUAGAAAGAAUAUUAUACAUAGAGAUCUCAAACCAGGUUAAACUAAAUAAUAUUAUAGAAAAUAUAUUUAUUUGUGAAAAUACAUGCGUUAAAUUAAUAGAUUUAGGUUUAGGACAAGAAAUUGUUUGUAAAGGAUGUGUUUAUUAAUCAGUUGGUACUCCAUAUUUUAUAGCUCCUGAAGUUAUUUUAGGAAAGGAUUAAAGUCAGGUAUGUAAUUCUCUUAUUUAAUUUAGGCUGUUGACAUAUUUAGUUUAGGUAUUAUCUUCUAUAUGAUGAUCAACAAUUUAUAACAUCCGUUAUGGGAUGGAUAAAUGAGAAAAAGACAUUAUUACUAAUUGAUAUCUAAUGAAUUUUAAAUUUCUUUUCCAAAAACAAUGCCUGAGUAAUCCAUAAAAAUCAUAUAUUUAGAAUGGCUAAAGAUUUUGUCUUAAAUACAGUAUAAUUUAGGGCAGAAAAUAGAAUGACAGCAUAGUAAUGUUUAGAACAUCCUUGGAUUAAAGGAAAAGGUGUUAAAACACAUCCUAUGACUACAAGAGAGAUCAUGUUAAGAUACAAUAUUUAAUAAAAGCUAUAACAUGUCUUUUUAUUGUUUAUUAUUAUUAGAUAAUUAAAUCAUUGAUGUUUUUAAAGACUCUUCAAUAAACAUGUGAAGAAGAGAUCUGCUAUAUCAAAACAAACAAUUCUCCUUUAAGAGAAGAAAAGGAAUAAGAUCUUGAAAAUGCUAGAUUAAGUGUUGAAUUAACAAAUAAAAAAUAAAAGUCAUUCAAAUUAAAUGUAAUUCCUUUAAAAAAAGUAAGUUCAUAUAAAGAUUUAGUAUCUUUGAGGGAAAAAUAACUAAAUCAAAAGAAAUAUUAAAGUAUAAACAUUUAUUUUAAUUAGAUAUGAUAACAAGGUUUAGAGAAAAAUUGUCUUUGGGUAAUCAACUAAAUGCCAUUGGGCAUCAUAAGUUUGAUUCUCCAAUGAGUCAUCGAAAAUUAACUACUUUACCUUCAAUUAAUACUAAUAGGUUAUAAAGAUAAUCAACUUUUAAUUUUUAAAAUUUGUGA